AUGAGCAGGUCACAUAACUUGUCCAGAACAUGCCGACACUUUUCGAAAACUGUAAAAACCACUGAUUACAAGGUACAUUCAAGUGACAUACCUCAAAACUCUGUUAUAUUCAGCUUAGUGCAACCCACAGGCAAAUUCCAUCUCGGUAACUACUUAGGUGCUGUGAGGGUUUGGAAAGAUCUGUGUGAUUUAAAGCGAGAUGAUAACAAACUCAUUUUUGGUGUAGCAGAUUUGCACGCCAUCACGAUUCCGAUUUCUGAUGGCCAGAGGCUCCGACAAAGUAGACGUGAAGCAAUUGCGAGCAUCCUAUCGCUGGGUAUAGAUCCCUCUAAUGCUACUGUCUUCUAUCAAUCACAGGUUCACCAGCACGCUGAGCUUCAUUGGCUUCUCUCCACGAUUGCCCCAAUGGGUCUCUUAAAUCGAAUGACACAAUGGAAGUCUAAAGCAAUGAAAAACGGACCGGACGCUGACGUGCUAGGGAAUGUGAAGCUCGGGCUUUUCUCUUACCCUGUUUUGCAAGCUGCAGAUAUAUUACUGUACGGAUCCACUCACGUACCGGUCGGCGAUGACCAAGCACAACACCUUGAACUCACACGUUCGCUGGCCCAGAGUUUUAACAGUUUAUUUAAGAAGCAAGUUCUAACAAUUCCAACCACUAUUUUAGCUCCUACAAAACGUGUGCUUAGCCUCCAAGACCCUACAUGUAAGAUGUCCAAAAGUGACACCAAUCAAAUGGCUACCCUCUACCUAAACGAUGAUCCCGACACUAUAGUUAAGAAAGUCAGAAAAGCAGUCACUGAUUCGAUUUCUAACGAGUUUUUUUAUGAUCCUCUCAAGCGCCCAGGCGUCUCGAAUCUUAUCAACAUUGUAAGCGGGCUUCAAAAAACGUCAAUUGCCCAAGUGCAGAAAGAUAUCUCGCAUUUUAAGAGUCAUAGUGAUUUCAAGACUUACGUCUCAGAAAUCAUAAUAGAGAAACUACGUCAACCGCGCGAAAAUUUCAACAUGUACAUGCAAGAGCCCUCAUAUUUGGAGCAAGUGACUACAGAAGGCGCACAGGCAGCUUCAGAAAUGGCCCAUAGGAAGUUACAAGAUAUAAAGCAACUGAUGGGUUUCUAG